AUGGCGCAAAAGUUCUUGACGCUCGUGCUUGUGGCCGUACUUGUCAUGUCGGUUGGAGUUGGUGCAAAACGUGGAUGUUCUGCUUUUGGCCAUUCCUGUUUUGGUGGUCAUGGAAAAAGAUCCAGUGACAAUUCGAUUAUAGAUGGUCGAAACUCUGAUAUGGUUGAGCGUCGCCAACUUGGACAAGAAGAGACUCCGCCACACCCCGUGUAUCCACACUCUGGGUUUAGUGGAAUAUUACCAUCGGGCGACGAUAUCAUUCCUGUUAGGGAUGGAGGCGUGUAUGAGAGAGAAGAAAACAAUUUUGCCCGGGACGUUAUGAAGUACAAACUUAGGAACAUCGUUAAAAAUUGGAUGGAGAACUACAGGCGAUCGCAACAAAACGACGACGGCUAUUUUCUGGAGACUCUGUAA